CGGCCUUUAUUUGUUUCUCUUUUCUGUUGUCACUCCCUGGUCCCUCCAACCGCACACGUCUUUCGGCAUCUCAAAAUGGGCAGUCUGAGAAGAGGUGUGCUUGGCCUUCGCCGGAUUCUGAAUUCGACAGCCAUCGCCCCCCGGGGCUCUGUCUCCGCCACCUCUCCGAUCCCUUCUGAGACGACUCUUGUUCCUAGGCCUCGAUUUAAUUGGAUUUGUGGCUUUUCUUCUGAUAGCAUCCAUUCACCAGAAAUCGAUCUGUCCAACGAAGAAAGCAAAAGGCGCUUGUUUAACAGGCUGUUAUACAGGAGCAAACAGCGAGGGUUUCUUGAACUGGAUUUGGUUCUGGGAAAAUGGGUGGAGGAACAUAUUCAUUCCAUGGAUCACAAUGGUAUUAAAUCACUUGUUCACGUUCUCGACUUGGAAAACCCAGAUCUCUGGAAGUGGCUAACAGGUCAGGAGCAACCCCCGGAGGCAGUGAGCAUAAAUCCAGUGUUCUGUGCAGUGCGUGAAAAGGUUAUGAACAACCUGAACAGCCAUUCUGCUCCUGAAACUCGGGCAAUGCCUGGGAAGCCAUGGGUGAGGGGGUGGGAUGAUAUCAAGAAAGGUCGAGACAGUCCUGUGUCUGGCAAUCAGUAGCUCUGUCAUCUGCUCUGGGAUAGAAGCUUAUGGAUAAAUCUGUAAUAAAGAAUAAAGGAUGUAUUUAUUUAGUGUUACUGUUUUUCUUCCGCUGACUAGUCUUGAGAAUAGAAAUAAAGGCUGGUAUUGUUAAGCCAACAGAUAUGGAACUUAUUAUUGGGCUGAGCUCUGUAUUUGUGGUCUGAUGCAUGAAAAUUUUGUGUGUUGGUUGGAUAUAUUUAGUUUGAAAGCUUGAAAGUUUGAAA